AUGCGUAGCCUCAACUGGUGCGUUCAGGUUGUACAUGUUUCUGACGCUAUCUCAGGCGUGAUGGUGGAAGGGAAGCAACCUUACAGUCGUAAUGGCUUGGUUAGAAUUUUCUACUCACAACACAGCAUAACACAGUGUGAUGGUAUCAAAUUGGAGCGCAAAAAAUUUGAGCGAAUUUUAAAAGCUAUAGAAAAGAAUUACGGGAAUUAUCAGGAAAAAGAUUAUUCAGCUUUAGGAUUUGGAAGUCGAUUCCCCCACAAAAUUCUGAAUCCGCCACUGGUGGCAAGUACAAGUUUUCGAAAAAACGAUUAUCACGGGAACUAUCCAGAAAGCAUAUCUCGUGACUAG